AGAAGUGAGCAUACUGAAACGACAGCCUUCUCUGAGGCCAAUCAAGAGAAUCACAACUGCUCAAAACUCAGCGCUAAGCAGAAGAUCUAGCAAGUGUCUAAAUGAAGGCAAUAUUUUGCCUCAAAUAGCUUCCAACAUCAUGAAACACAAUUGAAUACCAUUGAUUCUUAUGAAAAUGUUCACACAAUGCAGUCUUCCAAACUGUGAAUACUUCCAUAAGAACCAACGGUGGAGUUUUUGUGUGUUGUGUUGGAGCCAACUCCAAUUUGUCUCUUUGUAUUUUAUCUACAAAAUUUGGUCGACUCAGUCUCAUAGAUUUCUAAUAAAAUGGGCAGAGAAGAAUAUAUCAUUAAUUAU